AUGGCAACUGCUCUAAAGAUGACCAAAAGGGUUGAGAAUAUUAGCCAAUCCAUUAAGGUUGUUAACCUUCAGGCCACUGAGUUAGGACUCCAACAACGAGUUCAAGUUUCGACUCUAGUGUCUAUUGGAGUAGGAGGCACCCACUCCCUUGUUGAUUCAUCACGUGUUGUGGGAAGGGAAGCUGAUGUCCGAAGAGUAGUUGAUCUCUUGAUUGGCUCAACCCCUCACCAAAGUUUGUUAAUAGUCCAUAGUAGGCAUGGCUGGAUUUUAGUGGAGAUUUUAGAAUCUCUAACUAGAAAACCUUGCGAGAUCAAGAACGUGGAUGUUGUACUUCGAGGAAUACAAAAGGAGUUGAAAAAGAAGAGCUUCCUUCUUGUCCUCGAUGAUGUGUGGGAUGAGGACAUUAAAAAUUGGGAGGACUUAAGGGGCAGUCUGCAGGGAAUAAAUGAAAGUAAACAAAGUUGGAUUCUUGUCACAAAUCGUAGUGAAAACGUGGCAUUAGUAAGGGAAACACCAACUGAUCACAGGCAUCGUCUUAAGGCAGUGAUGGAUGAAGAGUGUUGGUCCAUUUUCAAAGAAAGGACAUUUGGAAACUCUCCCCUAUCGCCAGAACUGGAAGCUGUUGGAUGA